GCAUCUUCUCUUUCACAACCGCCACAACCGAUAUGCUCGCCGCGACGACCGCCGCGAUUUCGGAUUUCCGCCAGGCUCUUUUGAAUGGAGAACUUCGGCUGUCGCCUGCAGAGCUCGAAAACGCGAGAUCGCAAGCACAUCUUCUUCUCAGCGCGUUGGAAUAUGCUCAGAACAUGCACGCUCCUGGCAUCAAUCAGGUACCACCCGAGGUUCUUGGUCACGUCUUCCGGCUACUGCAGCCCUUCAGUGGCGACGAUUUCCUUCCAUCCUUCCCAGAUCGACAGAUCUAUCAAUGGACGUGUGUUGCACGUGUAUGCAAGUACUGGAAGGGCAUCGCCGUGAAUGACCCCUCGCUUUGGAGCACAAUAGAACUAUGCCAUGACUCCUCUCCAGCUGCAGUACCCGUGCUCAUACGGCGCUCUCGCAACAACCCCCUCCGACUAUAUCACCGCAGCCGCAGCUUGUUUCUCAAAAGCGAUAAGAAUAUCGGUAUCCUUCGCGACAUGCUUGCGACGCAGCGCUCCCGCAUCGAGCACCUACACCUAGAUCUCCAGGACGCUCGAUCGAAUUAUAUGACAAUAAUAGGUGAUGCCUUUGCUAAAGUGGUGCCGCAUCUGCGCAGUGUUUCCAUAGACUUGAAGGAUCUCUUCUCACGGUCGCCUCACGCUUUCAAGAAUGUGACCGAGCAGCCCUCCGUUGUGCAGCUUACGGUCACUGGGAGUGCUCUGGAUUCACUUCACAUAUUUCCUAGUCUCGUUCGGCUUGCUGUCUCCAGGAUCACCGACGUCUCGCAAGCAUGCCUAUUUGUGCAGUGUCUUCGCCAGUUACCUCGACUCGAAGAGCUCUGCAUGUUCUCCAUUCGCUUCGUGACUGAUGACUACCACCCACCGCCGAUCGUAAAUCUACCUCGUCUCCAAAGGCUGUAUAUCGCAGAGAUUAUCACGCAUCCGCUCGGGUCAUGUCUGCUGUCAAGCAUCGACGUCCCCACCAGUUGCGCGUGCCUGGUUUCUCCGCGGAGAACGCUGGAAAUCCUCGAAAAUGGGGUACUUCCCGGACGUGGCGCCUUUCGCCCCCCCGAUGCUGUCACUACAGUGCAGAUACAGACAGUGAAGCGCGGCGCAUACAUUCACAACGGGACGCUCGUUGCAUCGAUACACGAUACCCUUGCCGUGCUGCCGGACCUCGAAUCGCGCGACAGGAUCACAAAGCUCAUCAUUCCGACCUUUAGCGCCCCCACAAGCGGAGACCGCGAGUGGCUGGGCUUCCUCAACCGCAUCCUUCGCAGCAGUGUACAGGAGAUUGUCGCUGCCGAAAACGCCGCAUCCGGGGUCAUCGCGACCUUGGACAUGAUUGUCUCCGCCGCGCCACCCAUGGCCCGGAUCGCACGCCCCCAACUCAAAAGGCUGCGUAUCUACGCGGCGGACGCUUAUGAAAAGGAGCGCAAAGAGGGGUUCAUGGUCCUGCAGUCGCUGGCGAUACGAUGUACGUGCGCUGGCAUACGACUACAGGGAAUAUCCAUUCACUAUGCGGAUAAAAUGAUGGUGCAGAUUUUAUUCGACUGGGCAGGGACCCUCGUGCGUAUGGAGAAGGGUCGAGCAGACAGGUGGAGGGUAGAGGACGAAGAGGGGUACAUCCGCAAUGUUCCAACCAUCGAGCGCAGGAAAUGUGUGUGGGGCACGCAGCGCCAGGAAUCCGAUACUGUACCAUUUCGUUCAAUUGGUCACCGGGUGUGACCAGUGACAUUUAGGACCAACCGUGCACUUGGUCAGCUAUACUGGCAACCAAGUGACCAAGUCCAAAACAACAUUUAGACAGCCCCUCCGAAGGUGAAGUAGAGGUGGCUACACCCCCCCCCC